GAAGACGUAUGUGACUUCGAUGAAAUGAUGAAUUGUGAUCAGAAGAAGAUGAAGGGACAAUGUUCAGUUUCUUCAAGGUUAACAAUGGUGGGUCUUUUGUUCUUGAUCUCAAUUCUCAUCACUGCACAGAUGAUCAAGCUCUCUGCGCUAUCCUCCAUUAAUAUCUUUGCCCCAUCAUCAUCUUCAUCGUCGUCUUCUUCGCCUUCUUCUUCUUCUUCAGCUGAUCUCUCAAAGUCACUUUCUAAUAAUUACUCUGCAACUUCAUCAAGAAAUCAACCUCCGCAAGAAUCAGAAAAUGCAUCUUUCAAAGUCAAAAUCAAACUAAACGCAACAAAUUCAUGGCAGUUAUCAAAUCCUUUAACGUCCACCGAAAUUAGGUGCGACCGUACUUCCAAUCGCUAUGAUCUUUGCAACAUUAGUGGGCCCACAGUUGUGGACCCUACUACAGGUACCUUCUUCGUUAUGGGCCCCAAUGGAUCUGACAAGCCCAAAAUUGUGGAGAAGAUAAAGCCUUAUCCAAGGAAAUUUGAAGACUUUAUAAUGGCCCAGAUAAAGAAUAUCACCCUUAUCUCAGGCCCACAAAGCCCACCAUGCAAGGUCCAUCAUAUUGUGCCGGCAUUGGUAUUCUCUGUUGGUGGGUACACCGGAAACUUCUUCCAUGAUUUCACCGAUGGAUUUAUCCCAUUGUUCAUCACAAUCAACACAAUUUUCCAUGAUCAUCAAGGUUUUGUGAUUGUGAUAUCCGAGGGCCCUGAUUGGUGGCCCACCAAGUAUGCAAAUUUACUAAAUAUAUUCACGAAGCACCCAAUUAUUACCCUGAAAAAUGAAACCCAAACCCAUUGUUUUCCUUAUGCUCAUGUAGGCCUCAUUUCACAUGGUUUCAUGACCAUAAACCACACAUUAUUACCAACCUUAAAGACAUACUUGCAUUUUCGCAACACCCUACAUGAAGCCUAUAAUAGCCACCAUGACUCGAGCAUGUCACCCAAGAAGCCAAUUUCUCAGCCACGGCUCGUAUUUGCAAGUCGAAAAGGCACCACCGGGAGAAUGAUAUUGAACCAAAGGAAAGCCAUUCAAGUCAUGAAAGAAGUAGGUUUUGAUGUUGUUGUUUUUGAGCCUAAGAAGAACACGUCACUACGUGAAUCUUAUGCACUUGUUAGUUCAUGCCAUGCCUUGAUCGGUGUUCACGGUGCUGCACUUACACACUCAUUGUUCCUUCGACCAGGAUCAAUGUUAAUGCAAAUUGUCCCAAUUGGGGUUGAAUGGGCAGCAAAAGCAUUCUUUGGGAGUAUAGUGAAAGGCUUAAAGUUGGAAUAUAUGGAGUAUAGGAUUAAAGUGAAAGAGAGUAGUUUGGUGAGAAAAUAUGGGAGGGACAGUUUAAUGCUGAGAAACCCAUUUGCUCUACAAAAGAAUGGUUGGCCAAUAGAGCUAAUGAAUAUAUAUUUGAAGGAGCAAAAUGUAAAGUUAGAUUUGGUUAGGUUUAGAGGGUAUUUGGAGGAAGCCUACAAGAAGGCCUACAAGUUCAUGCAAGAAGAGGAAGGUGUUUCAUGAGUAAAUAAAUAUAUAAAGCCAUCUAAUGUUAAUUCUUUGUGUGGUUAAGAGGAGAAAAAAGCAUUCUUGUUCAUUUUUGUUUAAUGUAAUGUCAAUUAUAUUUUUAUAUAUAUAGCCAAUCGCACUCAUGUUUUGUUCGUUUUUCA